CUCCUUCUCCUUCUCCUCCCCCUCUCACCCUCCUCCUCUAAAAUCCCUCGCAGGCCACGCCCUACAGCACGAAGCCACGCCCCUUCCCGCCCUUCAGCCCCAGUCGGUCUCCAGCCUUGCGGAAGGAACGGCGGUCCGGAGGGCGUCCUGCGUCCAAGGAAUUCCUGUUGACGAAUCCGAUCGCCAUGCGCACGCCCAGGAGGUUCCGAUCCACUAAGCGCGGUCUUGGGAGAGUUCUUCAGCGCCUUCUGUCGGCCGCCGUCAUGGGUCCUGAAGAGAGCCCACGCCCGCGCCUGCCCUCCGCCGCCGCCCACGAAGCCAAGGGAGGGAGGAGGCAGGCCUGGCAUGAAGUGGAUUCUUUAAAGGACACGAAACCCGAGUGCCUCCGCUGCCUGGUCCCCGUCGCGCGCCUCUUCUCUCUCUUCGGCUUCCUGCCCAUGGCCGUGGUCGAGGGGCGGUUCAGGUUCGUGUUGUGCCACUUCGUGACCUUGUACGCGUGUGUGGUGGCAGCGGCUAUGACCUGGUUCUCCCUGACGCGUGUGGUGGCUCUCUUCGCUGCCACAGGGCCACAGGACUGGGUGCAGCUCCUGACUGGCACUGCUUUCUAUCUGCUUGGUGCCACGGGUGCUCUGCUGCUCCUCCAGCUGGCCAGGGAAAUGCCGGCGGUCAUGGAAAGGUGGGCGCGCGUGGAGAGGCAAGUGGGCGUCCCUUACUCGUGCAAGUGGAAGGUCCUGGUGUGCGUGGGCGCCGUGACUCUCUCGGCGGCGGGAGAGACGACGGCGUCUAUGUUCCACAACGUCCCGGGCAACACUACCGGGGAUUUCUGGAUGUUUUUAGAAAGCUACGUCAGAGCCGGACAUAAAUACGAGGUCGACCUACUAGGCUACAGUAAAGCUCUCGGCGUUGCAAUUCUCACGAUCAACAAAUAUGCAACAUUUCUCUGGAAUUUCGUUGACGUCCUGGUGUUCAGUGUUGCCAUCGUUCUCCUCCAUCUCGUCAGGGCGUUCAAUGCCAAGCUAAGGAGCGGCUGCGCGACCUUUGACCCCAUAGGCUGGCGAGGCAUCCGGCGUGACCACCUGGCUCUCCUGAGCUUAGUCCAGGCCCUCAACGCCUCCUUGGGUCCUCUUGUCCUCCAGUCGUAUCUCACGAACAUUUUCUUCACGCUGGUGCAACUCUACUUUAGGCUCAGCCACGAGAACGAACUGAGCUUAAUCUCGAAGAUGUACUUAGCGUGGUCGUUCCUCCACCUGCUGGGUCGCCUCGCCAUCGUCUCGUUCACGUGCGCCCGCGUCCACGAGGAGUCCUACAGGGGGAUCUCCUGCGUCCUCGAUAUUCCUGAGAACAGGUACAGCUUGGAAGUGUGGAGGCUGGAACAUCAAAUCCGUAGUGAAGUUGUGGGACUCUCCGGAUGCGGUUUCUUCUUGGUCAAUAAAAGCUUCAUUCUUGCUACCACAGGGGCACUGGUCACGUACGAGGUCAUCUUGCUUCAGGUCAGCGGAGGCACUGCAGCCAACAGUUAGACAUUUUGGUAUCUUGUGGUACUGAUGAUGGACACAGCUGUUGAUGUCCGAAAGCUAAAUAAAUGAAUAUGCACAUGAUGUGGUUUCCUGCUGCC